AUCACUCCUCUCCCCUUCACACCCCUCAUCUAUCCUUCCCUCUCACCUCCACCUCCUUCGCCACAACGUCUAGCUAUUCGGCGCCAGGCGUUGGUGGUCUCACCGGCUCACCGCCUCAGGUGAGGUGAUUCCACCGGCCAGCCGCCGCCGCCGCCGCUUCCACCGUCGCCAGCAGCCAUGCUUCCAAGAAGCCAGAGCAUCUUCCACCUCGGCGAGGAGGGCAGUGUCCACUGCCACCGCGGAGGCAGCAGCCUCGUCGCGGCGGCCAUGGCUGGUGGAAACGGCGGGCGCCGCGUGCGCGUGCGCGAGCGCCUCGUCGUCGGGCUCCAGAUCCUCGUGCACAGCCAGCACCACCAUCACCACCACCACGACGGCCGGCACGCCCACGCGCACGGCCACGCGGCGAGCAUAGUCCUCAAGCAGAUGGUCCGGCCGCGCCCCGCCGCCGACGCCGCCGCCGCCACCGGCGUCUCGUGCAGCUUCCUCAAGGCAUGCUCUCUGUGCCGGCGCGAGCUCUGCCCUACCAAGGACGUCUACAUGUACAGGGGUGACCAAGGCUUCUGCAGCGAGGAGUGCCGGUGGCAGCAGAUCGCCGUGGACGAGGCCCGGGAGCGCGAGGCGGCGGCCGGCCGGCCGGAGCGGCGGGGAUCACUGGCUCGCCACCACAGUCCUCACCGCGCGGCGCCCAUCCGUGGAAGGACAAGGAAGACACUAGCCGUAGCCUAGAGAGUACUCAAGUUAAAGUACACGUACGUACGUAGCAGCAGCACAGUGUUGAGCAUGACACUGUUCAUCACUCUCGUUAAGCUUCGAGAGAAAGUUAAUUAAUUAGCCUGGCAUGCCAAUAACCGGUGGGGCUUAAUUUGCAUGUGUAUCGGUGUAUGCAUGCAGAAGCAUGACGCGGUGAUAAGAGAGAGAACGAUAAUUAAUUAAAGAGAGGUUAUGGAGAACAAAAGGGGCUCGAAGAUCAGAAUAUUGGAUCAGUGUUUUUUGUUUUGUUUCUAUUUUUGCAUGUUAUAAUCCUGGAUCGAUAUGCAACUUGUUAGAUCGAUCUGUGUGUUUGUUUGUUAUAUAUGCACGAUCCGAUUGAUAUUUGAUUCUCUAAAAGUGGAAGCUAAGGAUUAUGGAAGGAAUUAACUUACGUGGAAGAACAAUAACAGAUAUAUAGCGUG